AUGAAGAGUGGGAACGACAUCAUUGUUUUGGCCAAACAUAUGUGCAUGAUCAUGACGGACAUGACUGAUUUCACGAGAGGCCAUGGUCCGUUGAAAACAACAAUGGAUGUCAUUCGUGCAGCUCAGGAAAUAUCUGUGGACGGGUCAAAAUUGAACGCAUUGGCUAAACAAAUUGGCGAUGAAAGCGUCGAUUCGAAUACGAAAGCAGAUUUGUUUGCUUACUUAUCACGAAUCACUUUAUAUUGUCAACAGCUCAACAUAUGCAGUAAGGUGAAAGCGGAUGUGCAACAGAUCGGAAAUGAUGGGUUGUUUCUGUUCCGACGCCAUAACUCAGCCGCACCACAGGUGCAGUGGCGCAUGGCACCACCGAUGAAGCAGCCAUUAGUGCCUAUGCAGAAGAAGCACGGUGUGAUUCGGCGUGCAAGUGAGCGGCGACCAAUGGCGCCAGCUCGAGCUCUUGCCGAAUUUGUGCAGUAG